CUCUUUCUGAAGAAAAUAUUUCCAGAACCGAGAAUAAGGAGGAGUCAGAGCUGGCAGAGGGGCAGGAUGUGGUUUGGUGGGAGGAAGUUCAGGAAAGAAUAAAUUUUUCCUCCUCCUCUACUCCCCUGAACCAGUGCACAACCAGGAGGAAGCUCCUGAAGCACGGAGAGAACAUGCAAGCUCUGCGCACACAGGGCAGGGAAUCGAGCCCCCAAGCCUGGAGGUGCGAGGCAAAGCAAACAUGCUAACCACUAAGCCUCCAUGCCUCACCCUCCCAAACAGAUAUGUAUUUUUUUAUUAUUUGGUUUAUUUCCUGAAAGAGCUCAUCAGUAAGGUAGGUAUUUAUAGGCCAAACCUUCUAUGAUGUCAGAAAAAGAAAAUGAAUACACAUAUGAUUUACACUGUUGGCAUGUGCUUGCAUACACAAGACACCAGAUGCCAGCAUUUCCAGUCAGUUUCUUCUACCUGGUUUUACACUGCCUUUAUCAACAGUGCCAUACCACAAUAUGGUAAUACCCAGCUAUCAUAUAAUCCAUAAUUACUGGAAGUGAAUUGAAAAGCAUGAAACACAUUUUGUCACUGAAGAAUCACACAUAAGUGAAUCUCUAUUUGGGUCAGAUAAACAAACCAUUACCUGCCAAUAAGGAGAGCAGAUGUCCCAGAAGCUCAUGUGAUUAGUAAGAAGAGUAAGCCUACUUGGCUCCUCCCCGAUGAGGUGACAGGAUUAGAGGCAUAAUUUGAGCCAGAUUAGGAUUUCUCUGCACUGUGCACAAUGCCACAGGCGAGGAAAACAUAAACAUGCAAAUAAAUAAGGACAUAUUACUGUUUGAAACAAGAAGAUGGUGCUCUCCUCCUCAUCUCAAUAUGUUCAAUUUGAUGAGCAACUGCUGCAACUGGGUUUCCAAACUGCAGCAACCCAUGAGGAAAGUUACUGUGAUAGUGGUUGGUCUUGACAAGGUUGGAAAGACAUUGUGCAUCAGAGGGAUGUUAAGAGCUCCCCAUGGAGAAGUGAGUCCUACUCAUGGAUGUGUCCGCUAUGAGUUAAGGUUGGAAAACUUCCUGGUGAAUUUGCUGGACAUGGGUGGAAGUCCUGAGUUUCGCUCAUGCUGGAGAGAAUACUACGGCGAGGCCCAUGGAGUCAUUUUUGUGGUGGAUUCCAGUGAUAGGCACAGAAUGAAAGAGGUCAAAGAGCUUCUGACAGACAUGCUGAGACAGCCUAGAGUGGCUGGAAAGCCCUUGUUAGUAUUAGCCAAUAAACAAGACAAAAUGAAUGCCUUACUGGGAAGUGAACUGAUUGAGGUCCUGUCCCUGGAGAAGCUGGUCAAUCAGAGCCGGUCUCUGUGCCACAUUGAGCCAUGCUCUGCCUUAAUGGACCUGCGUCGAUGGUCAGACAGGAAGACAUUGCGAGGCCUCAGGUGGUUACUACGGGCUGUGUGCCUCGACUACCCAGAUCUCUGUGCCCGUGUAGUCAGAGAUGGUGGAAGGCAACCAGGACUAGAGGAGAGAGAAAGGAAAGGGAAGGCAGAAAAAAGUCAGAAGAAAAACAAAGUUGAAAGACUUAAAGCCUGUAACCCAGACAUUGACCAAACACAGUGCCCUCUGGAGGAAGAACAGAAAAGUAGGAGCCAUCUACAACCAAUUAUUCUUAAGGAGAAUUCCUUUCAAAAGAAACUGAAGAAAAAGAAGCUAAAAGUGAAGAUUAAAGCAAUAACUGUGAAAAAAGGGAGCAAAAAUGAAGAAGUAGAUAAAGAACAGAAGGAAGACGAAGAAGCAGAAGGAAAUAAUGCAGAACAGGAUGGUAACGGUCAAAAGGAAAAGGCCAGUCGUGACCAGGUGCCACAAAGAAGUGUGAGGCUGAAACCCAAAGCAAAAGUGGAGACUUUGGAUCAUCCAGAGUCCCAGGAGUCCAAACCCUCUGAAGCAGGUAAUGGACAAAACAAGAAAAAGAAAAAAGUGGUGAAAGGAAAGCGAAAAAACAGGAUAAACACUGAAGAAAUUCCUGUAAAUUAUAGACAGCCUGCUGACCUCUCUGCCACUUUCGAUCUUUACAGAAAAGCCAUUUUGGCUCUAAAAGCCCGACAGGAUCAGAGUUUGAUGCCAGAACAGUGAGAGGACUGGAAAUGCAAUGGCAGAUGACACAGAUCAAAGACCUGUGCAGAACAUUUCAUGAAGGUACUGGACCACAAAACCACCAUCUUUAGGCAUCUUCACCAAGACAUCUAUUUCCAUCAUCUUUUUUAGUAUCUGUGAAACCCUGGAUAAUCUGCUUUUAACAGACUGGUGUUUCUCCUCUGCAAAAAAAAAAUUGAAAAAGCAUUUUUUCAAGAACCAGUAAUAUAAUUUGUUGCUGUUAUUGCUGGUUUGCAUCCCAAUGAGCUAUUUAAAACACUUUUUUUUAUCAUCAGUAAUGUUGAAUUGUAAUCAAAAUGUAUGCUUUCUUCUGGUAACAACUUGUUAAAUGUAUGUUCACUUUUCAUAAUUUGGUGAAAUAAAUUAUUCAACUAAUACUUUACAUCAUGUUUUGUAAAGUCCUUUGGCAUAAAUGACUUCUAACCUGCUAAAAAUAUAUGCUCUUUUCAUUUUAACACUUUAUUCAUAUUAUCAUACACUGGGUCAUGUCAUACAUAUGGUCAUAUGUAGAUUAGUAGAUAUGGCAGAAAAACUAACAACUAAAUUACAGCAACCUCCUAGUUUAUUUUCAACCAAUUUCAGUGAACAAUUCCAUUUUACAGGGUAUUUUGGGCUGGUGGUUAUUAUGGUUUAUUUACUUGAUUUAUUUAGAUUAUUUAUUUGUAUGAUUAUUUAUGUUUUACACUGAUGUUAAUAUAGCCUAUUUGAACAGUAGACAUAAGCUAAAUUUAUUA